AUGUCGAUACCAAGCAUUCGUCGCCUGGCCGCCGCAGCCGCGAUAGCAGCCAUCCCUGCAGACUGUCGAUCGCUUACAACCAGGCAGUCUUCAGGUAGCAUCACCGACACGGAACAAUUUACUCAAGCAUGCCAAAACUUGGCCAAGGGCCUCCAAAUUCCAAACAGCACAUUCGUGUCGGCCGACUUCGUGCCCGCCAACACGACGCUGAACUUUCCCAACGCCGACCCUUCCUGCACCAGGCCAUCGCAGCUCGUGUCGGUGCCGCUCUGCCGCGUCCAGUCCAACAUCACCACCUCGACCACGUCGGGCCUCCACUUCGAGGCCUGGCUGCCGCAGAACUGGACCGGACGCUUCUUGAGCACGGGCAACGGUGGGCUCGGGGGCUGCAUUCAGUACGAAGACGUCGAGUGGGCGGCGUCGCUGGGUUUUGCUGCCGUGGCCACUAACAAUGGUCACGAUGGUAUGAGCGGGAAGCCGUUCUUCCAGAAGGCAGAAGUUGUUGAGGACUUCGCUUUUCGAGCCAUCGAAACCGGCGUCGUGGUCGGCAAGAAUGUGUCCAAGGCGUUUUAUGGCAAGGAGCACUCAAAGAGCUAUUAUUUGGGUUGCUCCACGGGAGGCAGGCAGGGCAUCAAGAUGGUGCAAGAUUUUCCGGACCUGUUUGAUGGCGUCUCGGCGGGUGCACCGGCGCUCAACUUUAACAACCUCAACACUUGGAGCGCUCAUUUUCUCGUAGUCACGGGUACCAACACGAGCGACACAUUCGUCAGUCAAGAUCUGUGGAAGGUCGUACACCAGGACAUUGUGAACCAGUGCGAUAUGUUCGACGGCGUGGCGGAUGGCAUCAUCGAGGCGCCGGAUCUCUGCCGCUACAAAGCCGACGGCCUCCUCUGCGGCAACGGCACCGCGCAGGCGGGCUCCUGCCUGACGGCGAAGCAGGUCAACACGGUCAACACCAUCUUCAGCGAUAUGAAAGCUCCCAACGGCACGGUCCUAUACCCACGCAUGCAGCCGGGCAGCGAGGCCGAGUCGACCAAUGCCUUCAGGAUCUACUACAACGGACAGCCCAGCGACAAGGCGGACUGGAUCAAGUACGUGGUCAUGGCGGACCCCAGCUUUGACCUGACGAAAUUCACACCCGACCUGUGGACCAAGGGCGACGAGCUGAACCCCAGCAACAUCGCGACCACAAAGGGCGACAUUUCUGCUUUUCGCGACCGCGGCGGCAAGCUGCUGCACUAUCACGGCACCAUGGACUCCGUCAUCAGCAGCGACAUGUCGCCGCGGUACUACGAGUCGGUGCGCGCCGCGCUGGGCCAGGAGCCGGCACAGAUUGACGACUUUUACAGGUUCUUCCGCAUCUCGGGCAUGGGUCACUGCAGCGGCGGGCCGGGCGCGCACUACAUUGGCAAUCAGCGCAAGCAGCUGGCGUACGCGGAUAAGCCCGAGGAGGGUGUGCUGAUGAAUUUGGUGCGUUGGGUGGAGCAGGGCGUGGCCCCGGAUACUCUGUUGGGGAGGGCCUUUGUCAACGACACCCAGGGCGGGCAGGUUUCGUUCACGCGGAAGCACUGCAGGUGGCCGCUGAUGAACAAAUUCAUGGGUGGGGACUCGAACAGCGCUGAUUCGUGGUCUUGUGUCUCAUACAAUGCUACGACUUAA